AAUGACAAUCCCAGGCUCUUGCCAAAUGUCUCUCUGGGACUGCACGUCUAUGAUAGCUACUUGGACGCACGGAUGACUUAUCAGGCCAUCCUGAAACUGCUGUCUGCUUGUCACAAAACUGUCCCCAACUACUGGUGCGAUGGCCAGAAGUUGAUGGCUGUUGUUGGCGGUCUGCAUUCAGAAACUUCCAUCCAGAUAGCAACCAUCCUGAGCAUCUACAUUAUUCCACAGCUCCACUAUUUCCUGAAGAACAUCUCCUUUAAUAACACCAUGGGGGACAGUGUCUUUUUCAGGAAUGGAGAAUUACAGUUUGGAUUCGAUAUUAUAAACUGGGUCACUUUCCCAAACCAGUCCUUCCAGAGAGUGAAAGUGGGAAGGAUGGAUCCGCUGGCUUCUCCAGGCCAAGAGUUCACUAUUGAUAAACAGAAGAUCACCUGGCAUAGCAGGUUCAAGCAGAUGGUGCCCCGUUCUGUGUGUACGAAUAGUUGCCAUGCUGGUUUUAGCAGAAAAGUGCAGGAAGGGAAGCCGUUUUGCUGUUUUGACUGUGCUCCGUGCUCAGGAUGGAAGAUUUCUGCUCAGGAAGAUACCUCAGCUUGUGUCUUCCCCUUUGUUUUCGAUGGGAGACGCUACUCUUCAUGCACCAUGGACGGAAUGAUGGAUGAGAAGCUGUGGUGUGCCACAACCGGCAAUUAUGAUAAGGACAACAAGUGGAAACACUGUUCUCUUGAAGAAUACGGAGGCAAUUCCAAUGGCAAACCCUGCAUUUUCCCCUUUGUGUACAAGAACCGGGUGUUCUUCACAUGUACGGAUGAGAGCAAAGCAAAGGGAAGAUUCUGGUGUUCUACCACAAUCAACUUUGACCUGGAGCCUCAGUGGAGCUACUGUGCUGACAUCCGACUAGAUGCAAAUCCCAAGGGGCCUUGUGUCUUUCCUUUCCGCUACAACGGCACUUCCUACUCCUCAUGCACAACAGACGGGAUUCCUAACAAGAAGCCGUGGUGUUCUCUCACCAGCAACUAUGAUGAGGACUUGAAGUGGACAUACUGUGAGCCCUCAGGGCCCGAUGAGAGUAUGGACAGUCCACCUUGUGCCUUCCCCUUCAUCUACAAGGGCAAGCCUUAUUGGAGCUGCACCACAGAUGGGUGGGAUGAUGGGACGUUCUGGUGUGCCACCACUAGAAAUUAUGAUGCUGACAGGAAGUGGAAGUUUUGCCAAGUCUCAGUACCAAUUGGAGAGAAAAUGUCUGGGCAGCUCAUAACCAGCAAAGUGUCACUUUCCCAAGAAGUUGUGUGGGGUGUUGGUGUCACGCUGUAG